ACCAACCCCGCCUCCGACGCAGCCACCUUCCAUAUAAAACGACUUCCUUUUUCAGUCUCUCUGUUUUGUCUCUUCCCCAGAAUCCCCCUUAAAAAAAAGACCAGGGAGCUGGUGACGGCCUUCGCUGGUGUAUCCAAAAUUGUCCACUGAGGCACUGAGAUCACUCAUCGAACCUCAGCCCCAUAAUUCCUUCUUCCUUCCUACACUUUAAUACCAUCAGCACAGCUCCAAAAAACCAAACGCCCAAUCGCCAUCGCCAGUUUCUCUUCCAAAAUCGUGGGUUGCUGUGGCCGGGCGUUUCUUGUCUUCAUCCACUCUCAAUCCUCUACCCUUUUUUGUGGCUCUCUCCAGCUCUCUUCACCACCCCGAUUUAUAAAACCCUGCCCCCCCGCCAUUUCUCCCCUUUCUAUUCUCUUCAUCUACAAGUUUACGCCAGCAGAGUUUCUGGUAGCGUUUCGGCUUACUCUGCUGUUGUCGUGUGUUGUUUUCUUUUUCCUCCAUGAUUCUGGGAAGUGACGAAGAUUGUUUUUUGUUUAUAAUGUUCAAUUUGCGUUCUUUUUCAGAUUGGAACAUCUGGGCGAGGCUCGAAAUCCUCGGUUUCGAUUCGGCUCUUGGUUCUUUUUGGUGGGUUCAUCGAUUUAAAAGGUGGGAUUCGUUCGUUUCCCUGUUCUGUUCCGUUGAAAUUCUGGAAUCUCUAUUUUUAGGAUGUAGAAGAUCUUAUCCUGUGUGGGAUUCUCUUACGUUUUUGGUGUUGAUUUGCAAUGUGCCAAUUACUAUUUGUUCUAGAUUGAGACACAGUUGGUGAAUUCAGUAGUCUUUUGCUUAUCCACGUGAAUCAGGUGAGCUAUAGUGUGGCAAAUAUCUGUGAAAAUUGAAGAAAUUUACUAUGGUUGUAAUCUUUUCCCAAUGUGAACUUCUGAUUAAGCUAGUUCUGUUCCUUGAAUCUGGCUAUAAAAGCAACAUUUUCUAUGGAUAUCUUUUUCUUCUCUUCACUCUUUUCUCUUAACCUCUAGUUGCUUUUGUUCAUUUGCAAUGUUAAAACCAAUAAUUGUCUGUUUUUAUGAGGAGCAGAUGAUUGAGUUUUAAGUGGCCAAUUGCCCAAAUAUUUGGGAGAGUGGCAAAAUUUUGUUUAACCACAGUGGUUUAUGAUGGAAACUAAUCCAAUAUGAACUUCUAAUCAAGCAACUCCUGUUAUUUCAAUCCUGCCUUGGUUAUAUUCUUCUGUCCCAACCUUGCUCCAAGUUUCCCUCAACUACAUUCAAACAACACUAAAAUGCUUCUGCCUUUUAUGACAACUGAACUUGAAUAUUGCUCUGCAGAUGGGAGACGUCGCCAAGGAUUUGGCUGCCGGGACAGUAGGAGGGGCAGCACAAUUGGUAGUUGGACACCCGUUUGACACCAUAAAAGUCAAGCUCCAAAGCCAGCCUGUUCCACUUCCUGGCCAGCCUCCAAAGUAUGCCGGCGCUUUUGAUGCAGUCAAGCAGACUAUAGCAGCUGAAGGCGCUGGUGGACUGUACAAGGGCAUGGGAGCUCCUCUGGCAACAGUUGCUGCUUUCAAUGCUGUGCUUUUCACUGUGAGGGGACAAAUGGAGGCUCUGCUGAGGUCUGAACCUGGCGCUACGCUCACCAUUGGUCAGCAGGUUAUUUGUGGUGCUGGUGCUGGAUUGGCAGUCUCUAUUCUUGCUUGUCCUACUGAGCUGGUCAAGUGCAGGUUGCAAGCGCAAAGUGCACUGGCAGUGGCUGACUCAUCAGCAGCCACCGUGGCAUUGAAGUAUGGCGGGCCAAUGGACGUGGCCAAACAAGUACUGAGAUCAGAAGGCGGCACUAGGGGGCUAUUCAAAGGAUUGGUGCCCACCAUGGCCCGCGAGAUUCCUGGCAAUGCUGCCAUGUUUGGAGUCUACGAGCUGCUGAAGCAGAAGAUGGCAGGUGGGGAGGACACGUCCAAACUAGGCAGAGGUUCCCUCAUGCUGGCUGGAGGCCUCGCUGGUGCAUCCUUCUGGGGAUCGGUCUACCCUACAGACGUUGUGAAGAGCGCCCUCCAGGUCGAUGAUUACAGUAAACCCAAGUACUCCGGAUCCAUGGAUGCGUUUAGGAAGAUUCUGGCUGCAGAAGGUGUCAAGGGGCUGUACAAAGGCUUCGGCCCUGCUAUGGGGCGUAGCAUCCCUGCGAAUGCAGCAUGUUUCUUGGCGUACGAGGUCACAAAGUCGAGCCUGGGAUGAGCCGAAUUGAUUGAUUGAUUGAGUUAAUGUGAACUAACUGGGGAUUGCUUCUUGUUGAAUCACAUUGCUUGUUGCUGAAUGUGAAACUCUACUCUAGCAUAUGGUUCCAUUGAAUGAAAAGGCUCUCUCAUCAAAUGUGAAUUCUUUUUCACUCUUUUUACUCCCUUUGCUAUUGUGUUAUCUAGUAAUAAAAAUUAAAAUUGAGUUGCAUG